UCGGGGGCCGGGGAGGACCAUGCACCGCGCUGCCUCCAACCAGCGCUCGGUCUCCUCCUCCUCGGGCUCCUUCCAGCCGCCGCCGCCGCCGCCGCCGCCGCUGCCUCCGCACGCCGCCGACCGGCAGCCGCUCUUCCCGGGGGGCUCCGGCAGCCGGCGCGGCUCGGGGUCCAGCUCGGGCUCGGGGGCGGCGGCGGGGGCGCUGCUGGGGCCCGGCGGGGCGGGGGGAGGGCGGCGCUGGGGCUUCCAGGCGCUGUCCCUGGUGCUGUUGCUGGGGCAGGGCGCGCUGCUGGACCUCUACCUGAUCGCCGUCACCGACCUGUACUGGUGCAGCUGGAUCGCCACCGACCUGGUGCUGGCGGCCGGCUGGGGCAUCUUCUUCUGCCGCAACAGCCGGGCUCGCCGCCGGGAGCGGCCCCCGCCGCCGCCCGGGCCGCCGCCGCCGCACCCGCUGCUGCUGCACGGCCCGCCCGGCGGCCGCGGGGCCGGGGGGCGCGGGGCCGGGGUCCCCGCCCGCGGCGGCGACUUCGCCUACGCGCACCUGGCCUGGCUCAUCUACUCCAUCGCCUUCACGCCCAAGGCGGCGCUGAUCCUGGGCACGUCCAUCCUGGAGCUGAUCGAGCUGCGCCUGCCGCUGGGCACCACCGGCUUCCGCAUCACGCUGGCGCUGUCGGCGCCGCUGCUGUACUGCCUGCUGCGGGCCAUCGGCACCGAGGGCGCGGGGCAGCUGCUCCUGCCGCCGCAGCCGCCGCCGCAGCACCGCGCCGCCGCCGCCUUCCUCGCCACCUGCCUGGACCUGCUCGACAGCUUCUCGCUGCUGGAGCUGGUGCUGCAGCCCGGCCGGCCGGCGCCGCUGCCCGCCCCGCUGCGCUACCUGCUCAUCGCCGUCUAUUUCCUCUGCCUGGCCUCGCCGGUGCUGUGGCUGUACGAGCUGAGCGCGGCCCGCCCGCCCGGCGCCGCCCGCCUGGCGCUGCACCUGCUGCUGCCCGCCGGGCUGCUGGACGCGCCGCUGCUGGCGCUGCGCUGCCUGCUGCUCCUGCGCUACCAGCAGCCGCUCUCCCUCUUCAUGCUCAAGAACCUCUUCUUCCUGACCUGCCGCGGGCUGGAGGCGCUGGAGACCUGCUGCCUGCUGCGCCCCGCCGCCGCCCCGCCGCCCGCCAAGUACGGCCCGGCCGCCGCCGCGCCCGCCGCCGCCCCGCUGGCGCACGGGCUCUCCGACGUGGAUGUGGGGCCGCACGGCUACGUGAACGCCCUGGCGGUCAGCGCCCAGGGCUGAGCCCCCGGGCCGCCCCGGCAGAGCCCCGUCUCUGCCUUCUGCUCAGGUUCGCUCCGCCGUGGCCGGGCAGGGGAAGGGGACUUGGGCUUCCCCGGCAGACUCCCGCUCUCCUCCUCCCUUCCUCACGGACACGUCCAGCAGCGGGAGCUCCGCACAAACCCGACUACCUGCAGGAGCCGACGGAUGACACUUGUCGCCAGAAAACGCCCUGUCCUUCGUGACGAGACUUCUUCCAGUGCUUCUGUCUCUCCACUGCCUGGAGGGUCCCGCUCUUCCCCUCCCUCCCAGGACAUUGUGUUGCUCUGUAACCAUAAAGGUUCGGUUUUUCCUUGUCGUCCUCAACAAGGACCAGUGCAUUUUGUCCCCUCCUUUAGGAACUCCUGCUGACCACAAUAAUGAGAUGCAAGAGGGGCCCGACCAGCAGAUGUUGCCUCCAGAAGAACAGAAGGAAGCAUGCUUUGGUUUCCUGGGUCUUGCAAAGCUGCUGCCUGUGUCUCCCAGGCCUCUGUGUACCAGCUAAGGAACCUCUGGAAGCACGCUGGCCUCUCGGUCACUUCAAGCCCAUGAGCCACCUUCUCCUUGCCAAAAUGUCUACUACCUCUGUGCUUCAACCUUUUGCAUCUUACAUUGACUUCACAUGCUAAAGAAACCAAUCCAGCAUGGACACAAACCAGGGCUUAGGUCCUAUUUCAUAACCACCAAGACAUUUAUUUCUGGUGAGAACAGGGUUUACAGCAGCCUGCUGCUGGCACCCCCAGCUGCUGGGGCUCUCAUUUCUCUGUGAAUAUGCAUGUUUACGGAUCAGCGUUGGUUUUCUUUUACACAGAGCAUAGGGUCUUCCUUUACACAGCCAGAAAGGCUGGAAAAUUCCCUCUGGCCCCCUUCCAUGCCUGCUUGAGAGAGCAGAGACGGAGCUGAGCCUGCAGAGUGCCAGAGGACACUGGCACUGCUCGGGAUGGGCUGUGCCCAGUGAACCUCACUUCAGCACAGAAAGCCAAGUGCUGCAGGAGCCCUCGAGGCAGAGGGGCUCUGGAGCUGUGGUGAAAGCCCAUGUAUCAGCAUCCUGUCCUCUGUGUGCAUGUGGUUGAGGGUAGGUGGGGAAAAAUUGCUAGUAACCUCUCAUAGGAACACAGUUUUCUUUGGUUUUGAGCUCCGUGAAUGUUGGGUGGGGCUAAGGCCUGCUCUUCUGCCUGGCUGCAGCUGCUCCUAAAGCAGCCCCAUGGAAGCAGGAGCACACAGGCCACGUUUGGAGGAAGGACUUUGCCCCUCCCAGGCUUAUAUUUUGUUACCUGGGCACGGCUGCAAUAAUUGUGACAAACAACAGUUUCCUGUUGCGAAGUAUUUUUAUUUAUUUUUUUCUUUUCAAGCUGUCCUGAUGGGAAGGGGAAAUAAAGCACAACCAACUGCUACCCACAGCAGGACUGCAGGUGCAGCCCAGACUUCUUCUGCACACACAUUCAUUCUUUCCUUCAGGGCUUGGGCUUCAGAGCCUCUGUCCCACCUUCCUUUUCACAGAGUGGGAUCAGCUGCCUGCUCUGGUGGACUGCUACAGCAAAAUGUUUACAGUCUGGUAACUUCCAGCUCCCAGAGGCAGAAGUGGGGCUGCCAUGGGGCUCUCCUCCCCCAGCUCUCGGUGGCUGAUGGGUUUUGAGGGGCUGGAAAAGCCCCUAGAACAAAAAGAUGGGUCCAUAGUGCUGUUCUGUUCAGAAGUGCAGCUAGGAUGGGUGACUCGCUGCUCUCCUCAUGCCAAAGGGAGAGUUGGCAAAGCUAGGCUUAACUUUCCCACCAGUGCUUUAUUUUUAACCUGAGCCCUCACAUGGGCAGUUGUGUGAAUUUUGGCCAGUGGCCUUUCUCUUCAGUAAUUUCUUCUUGUCUGGACAAUCUUGGUGCUGUGAGUGACUGUGAUUGUAAAACUUGGUACUGUGAACUUUUACUAUGUGAUGUGAAAUGUGUCGAGGGGAUGCUAAGUUCCUGGCCAAAGGAGGUGUAAUUACAGGUAUAUCAUGCUUGUACAGGUAUUUGUUUCCUUGCACCUUCCUUUUUCAGCAUUAAAUAGGUAGUAGAAGCUCAGAAAUAAUUAUUCAAGAGAGAAUAAGGUGAUACCUGAACCUAGGACUACUCCAUUCUUCAGUCAAAGAGCUGAAAAAAAAAAUUAAAAUCCCCAACCAACCAACUUUGCCAAAAACAAGCUGAAAGGAAAAAAAAGCUUUUCAUCACCAACUAUGUUUGGCUGCUCCUAUGGCCAAGUUCCCAAUAGCAAAGUGCUAAUCCCCAAUACACAUAGUUGAGACAUCAAAAGAAUCACAGCACAAUUAUUAACAAGUCUGACUCCAUUACCCCUUCAUAGCCCAUAACAAAGUUGUUGUUUCAACAGUGAGUGCCUUUUUCCAGUUAGGAUGUUAUUGAGAAAAAUGGCAUAUUUGAAAUUUAUCUGGCCAUGGCAUAUUUAACCCAGUGGUGGUGAACUCACAGUUCAGAUUUUUCCAUGGAUGAAAAGGUUGCCCAGGACAGAUGACCCUGCAAAAUGACAUUUGUGUUGCAUAGAAUUCCUUUGUAGAAAAAGUUGUUUGUGGUGCCAUGGUUUCUAGGUAGUUAGGAAAUGUGCUGUUUGGAGAGUGUCAAGCUCUUAGAGUUGGCUAGACAGAAGCCCCCUUGCAACUAAAAGGACAGCUCUGCUGCUCCUGCAAUUACUUACUAUGAAAAAACUUUUAAAGAUCUUCAAUGUCUUGUUUAUAAACCUGCUCCUCCUUUUGAAUUCUUUUGGUAAUUGAACUCUUGCUUCCACUUAAACCUUUCUGUUUGCAGAAGAGAGAUGGUGGUACCAUCCAAGUGCAAGCAAUACCUCUCCUGAUGCACCUUGCACAUCUCCUGUACUUUGUGCCAACAUUACAUUACUGGUCCAGGUCAGUAACACUUUACUGAAUCAAUUUGUGCCAUACUAAGACACAGGUCCCUUGGGAUUCUGUUACACAACUCAGUUAUUUAGCAUUUUAUUGCUCUUUGUUUGCUAUCCUGACAAAAGAGAUGACUACUCCCAGGAGGGGAAAUGGAAGUGAGAGAUAAGGCCUGUGGCUGAUGGACACUUGGCAUCCCCCUGGCAUUAAUCAGAACUUGUAUUUUUUAAAAAGCAAGAUUGUUAAAAUAAAAUUAGAAACUUGUGA